UUGCCCUUUGGAAAAAUGGCCGUGUUGAGCAUUUUACGAGCUGAAAGUGUUGCCCCGAUUUUAUCAAGAAGGCCACCGCAACCAGGACAGCUAUGCUCAGUGAGGCAGUCCUCCAAUCACAUGGUGAUUACGCCUUCAAGGUUUGCUUGGAACAAGUUCAAGGAUCAUGUGCACUUCUAUGUUCUCCUGGGUGCUAUUCCCUUGGGCCUCCUUGUCACGUACGUCAAUGUCUUCAUUGGGCCACCGAAACUUGCGGAAAUACCAGAAGGCUAUGAACCAGCGCACUGGGAGUACUUUGACCACCCUAUCAAGCAGUUCUUUGCUAAGUGGUUUAUGGAGAAUCCUCAGAUGAAGUACGAGAAGAAGAUGAACAUACUGCAAAACGAGUAUGAGAAUGUUCAGCUGAGAGAAAUUCAGACGAAAGUCGAGACGCUGAUAAGGGAGCGCGGCGAUUUCCAGGCAUGGUAUUAUGUGCCGUACGACAGCAAGUACACCAAGAAAUACCAGAAGCAAACUGAAGACCAGGACUUCUACUGCAAGACGAUUUAGUUGCCAAGAUUUCUUGUCAGUUGCACUCCUGAGAGAAAGAGAUGGCUUGUACAGUAGAGAAAAAAAUUUAAACUAAAGCUUCUUCGCAUAAAA